AUGGAAUUACUAGAGGACAGAAAUAAGCAGAUGGCUAUAUACAGGAAAGAACUCUUGCUUGAGGAUAAAGUAGCUAAUUCACUUAUGUGACAGAUUAGAGGGACCUUGGGAUCUGUCCCAUCUGUUUUAAGCAAGACUGAGACUAUGACAGAGAUAAGCUUCAUGAAGCUUAGACUUGCAAAAGAGAGUGACAGAAAGAUACUGAAGCGUCUCCGGAACUUUAGACUUCAUUCUUUAAAAGGUCUUUGCUUGAUGGACGUAAAGAAAGAUACCCAUAUUAUCAAAGAGUUUUUGCUUAAAUGCGUCCCUCGCCAUAAGAUGAGCAGAUUCUCUAUUACACGGCCUAACAUCUUCUUCGGUAGGAUCUAUCACUUCUCUCAGGAGUUGUCUAGAAUCGCUAAUUUCACGACGUGUGUCUUCCACAUUAUGAAUUUUAAAGUAUCCCUUCCACUAUUUUCAAGAUUUCUGGUAUCAGGAAGAGAAUGCAGACAAAAAGUUGAAUUUAACAACUGCAGGAUCCUGAAGAGUAAAGCCAUUGCAUUCGGGUCCUCUCUUGAGAAGGCAAAGUUGACUAAUCUAAGCCUACCUGGAUGUGGAUCAUGGGACUGAGGAGACUGGAAGAGAGAUCCCAAAGUUCUCUACAUUCUAUUAGACUGCCUCUGCAGUUCAGAUUAUCUUAAAAGGAAUUUAUCAGGGAUUCAUAUCACUCCAGCUGACUUUGAUAAAGGCAGGAUUAAGUAUUACUUGGCCUUCAAAGGGUUCCAGCUAAUGUACUAGAUAUGUCAUUUUAGAGAUUUGAAAAGGCGAGGGAUAAAUUCAGCUUUUGAUUUUACAUUCCUAACUCUUCAUGCGAUGUUAGCAAGUGUUUAUGAUUUUCUGAUAAAGACCUUGAAAUCAGAGUUUUUAAUUUAUUGUGCUGGCUGUAAGAAUUUUUACAGUUGGCUGUAGAACUAGGGAAUAUUGAUCUUAAUUUGGAGAUCCCCCAAGAUACUUUUCAAGCACUAAUUUUUCACUGUUAGUGAUUGGGGAUUCUGAAAUCAGUUGGCCAAGAUCCUCAGA